GGUAGGACCGUCAACGUCGUCCGCUAGGUCCAAUAAGCGUCGCGUACGUGGCACCACCAGCCGCACUGUCACCUUGCAAAUGCUGUUGGAGACAAACAUACUCGAGCCUGGAAACUCUGUCUUGUCACUCGAGUACAUGGUACAUGGAACAAUCGUUGCCAUCCGUCACCCUGUUGAGCCCUGUGCGCUUGCUCAUAGUUGAUCUGCAUGGUUUUUAUUUUCAUUUUCUUUCGUAUUCGUCCAUUUGAUUACGGUUAAUAACAUUGCGUGUAACACCUGUCUGCAAUAGCUUGUGAUUAUGAUGAUUCAAUAGAGUAUGUUGUGUUUGUGCUGUAUUGUUAUUUUAUUUAUUUUCUUUUUCUUUAGCACAAGUUUGAACUUAAAGAUGACAUAUCGAUUAUGCAUAGUAAUUAUGUACUUGUUGUUGACAGAAAUAUAUUCUCUGUUGUGCUUUCAUUCAAUAAAUUUUUUUUAUUUUUAUAUUUGAGCUUAUUAUUGCUGUGUGAGUAAACUGUCAAACGGAUUGAAUAUUUUUAUUCCUGUUUUGAAAUUGUGUUGAAAAGUUAUUUGAUUUAAGGAUAUAUUAAAACAAGAAGUAAGAAUUAAAUGGUCAGCGAUUUAUGGGAGAUUUAUUACCAGAUGGUAAAAUCCGAUCAGUUGAGACAUUAAAUGAAUUCGCAUCUCCUAGUGCAUGGGCCUAUAAUUGUAAAAGUAUAAUUAACAAAAUAAAAAAAGCUGGCUGUGGUUGGUCAUCAAUUCGAUAUAAAGGAAAGAAAUUGGAUGCAUAUAAGCAUGCAUAUUUUAGAAAAAGAGAAUCUUCAAAUAUAGAGCACAAUAUAGUUCCAGUUGAAGAUGCAGAAUCUGAUGUCGCAUAUGCAAUUCAAAAUGAAGUUUUACCAUUGAAUCCACCAACUGAGUCACAUGUUGCAAAAGAACCUAUCAAAUUUAGUGAAAUUCGUUCGAGAUCUAGCAAUCAAAAUCUCAAUACAUUAGUGGAAUGUACAGAUUGGUCUUAUAUUAAUAAAGUCCAACCAUUUCAUGUGAAUAUAUCAGCAAACGCAAAAUUAUUACUAGAUUUUCACUGUCAUCUGAUGAGUUCAGAAGUUGUUGGGUAUCUUGCUGGAAAUUGGGAUUUUCCUACACAAACACUGACUGUGAAAAACGCAUACCCAUUCAGAAGUCGUCUACAUGAUGCUGAACUCACGUCAUUGAUCGAAGAAGAAAUACGAAACACUUUUACAGCUAAAAACAUGGUACUAGUUGGAUGGUAUCAUUCGCAUCCUGAAACAAUCGCGACACCCACCUUAAGAGAUAUCGAAGCCCAACUUGAUUAUGAAGUACAAAUAAAAGGACCAACUGUCGAAUCGUACAUUCCAUGUGUCGGAAUCAUUUGUUCUCCUUACGACAAAGGCAAAUCGACCCUUGAUUCAACUAUAACGUGUUAUUGGGUACUGCCAUCAUUUGAAAAUGAAAUACACGAUUAUGGACGUCCAAUGAACAUGCAUUUUACUACUAAACCAGAAAAAUCAUUAACACUAGAUAUUGUUAUGGCAUUAAAAAAAUGUGUUGAUUUCAAUAAAUAUGAUCCGGAUGUAAUUAAUUUUAAAGACAAAUACAAAAACGAUGUGACUUAUUUGGAAAAACUGAAGAUUUCGUUGAUGGAUAAAUUUCCAAAAGAUGAUACAAUACACAGAUUUUUAUGGAAUUUCCUUAGUGAAAUAGUUUGUAUUGGUAGUUCAGGUGAUACUGCCAAAAAUAAUUUGCAAAAUUUGAUUGCUGUAAUCUCAUCACGUCAACUCUUACUGUCAACAUCAAGUUUUCAAACACCUAAUGCUUUGGUUGAACACUUAGAGUCUUAUUUGAAAUCAUGUAAUGCUAACAGUUUGACGUUAGAAGAUGUUCCUACAACUAGUGAUGGGUCUAACAUAACCUCAGCGAGUAUUGCGAGUUCUCUAUUUAACGAUUUAGACUUUUCUAAAGCAAUGUCUUUGAUAGGGCUAUCUCCGUCACGGUAUCAAACAGAUCCUUUAAAAUAGGCUUACAACUUUUAAAUUUUUUUAUUUAAUUUUUGUAGUCACUGAUACAAAUAUUAGAAAUAUACAUAUAUUAUAUGUAAUAAUAAAUAUACUUUUAAACUAACUAAAUAUCAAUAGGUACAUACAUAUUUAAAUAAGAACUAUUUUUUAUUAUGUCAACAAAUAUUGAAUUAUUUAUUGAAUUGUAUAAUAUAAAAAUUAGUUUUUGAACAUUGAACGAUUAAAUCUAAAUGUAAUUUAACCAAGCAUUGUUUUUCUCGGAACUUUAAAUUUUUAAAAAUUCACAACGUAAAAUACAGUGAAAAUUGGUUUUAAGAAAAACGUUAAGAAAUUUAAACUUAUUGGUUAUUAAUUAUUAGAUUUUGUUUUUCAAAAUUAUGAUUAAAGGAGAUCUAAAU